ACUCCUCGGUGUCUUUCCUACGCCCUCACUUACUCACUCACCCAACCCACGGCUUCACGGCUAUAUCUACCGCUUAUGUCAGCCACCACCUCCUCGGCCCAUCAUUUCUCCCAACCCCUGUUCUUCCCUAUCCGGUUUGGUGGUUAGUUUGUUAGGUUAGUGUAGAAUCCCCUUCUGAACCCAGGCGAACCCAAGGUCAACUAGCGUCUCCAAAACAACCGCCGUUGGCUUUGUACUUGCAAUUAUUUUAGCUCCGUUCUCCGGUUUCCCAAAUACUUAUCCCUCGGAAUUGGGCGAAGCAAACACAACAUACUCUUUUUGAACAGAACGAAACGAUUAUAUCCGCCUUUCGUCAUUGGAGAUAAUAUUGCUUCUCCCCCAAACCAACGACACAUCAAACAAACGAACGCUUUUGAACGCCCGUCAAAGAGACACAGCUCACUACGUCUUUCUGUCGAACUAGCUCACCAGCGUCAUCUUCUUCUCAUCGCUUUCCCCAAAAGCGAACGGAGGAGACCCAGCGAACAGAAGCCUUAUCCCCCGGGAAUCCGUCAAAUCGGGAACACUGGCGCUGCAACCAGAGGCUUACGGCGGUCCAGCGACCGCUGUAGGUAUGGCUCAGAGCGCGAGCGAUGUCCCGCUCGAGGAAUAUGAUUAUGAGGGUUUACCUCCGAAUUUCAGCUUGUUGCAAAACAUGACAGCCGGUGCGGUGGCGGGGAUUGCUGAACACACAGUCAUGUACCCCAUCGACUCGAUCAAGACUCGCACACAACUCCUCGGCGCCAUCCAGCCACGCACGGUGUAUAACAUGAAAUGGGCCAUCGGGCUAUGGAGAGGAAUGUCUAGUGUUGUGGUGGGAGCAGGUCCCGCACAUGCGAUUUACUUCGCGACCUACGAGGCUGUCAAGCACUUGAUGGGCGGUAACCAGGCGGGACUCCACCACCCCCUCGCUGCUGCCACCAGCGGUGCCUGCGCUACCAUCGCCAGCGACGCGCUCAUGAACCCCUUUGAUGUCAUCAAACAACGCAUGCAAAUCCACGGCUCCAAGAAGCUCUUCCGCACCAUGCCCGACUGCGCCCGCUACGUCUUCCGCACCGAAGGCCUGCGCGCCUUCUACGUCUCCUACCCCACCACGCUCUCCAUGACCGUCCCCUUCACUGCGCUCCAAUUCCUCGCCUACGAAUCGAUAUCCACCUCCAUGAACCCGACCAAGGCCUACGACCCCGUCACGCACUGCGCAGCUGGCGCGGUAGCGGGAGGCUUCGCGGCGGCGCUGACGACGCCGAUGGAUGUGGUCAAGACGAUGUUGCAGACGAGGGGGUCGGCGAGCGAUGCGGCGCUGAGGAAUGUUAAUGGGUUUGUGGAGGGGUGUAAGUUGUUGCAUCAAAGGGAGGGGUAUAGGGGGUUCUUUAAGGGGGUGAAGCCCAGGGUUAUUACGACGAUGCCUAGUACGGCGAUUUGUUGGUCGGGGUAUGAGGCUUGCAAGGCAUACUUCAUCCGUCGCAACGACUCAAUCCUAUAAACCACCCACCCAUCACCCCCCCCCCCCAGCCCACGAGGCGCAGCACAGCCCCGAACAUCCAUAACCCGGCUCUCGCGCGCGCACACAAAUCGUUAUCUUCCCAUUUAGCCUGACCACCACCACGCACCGCCAAGCGACAUCGGAAGUCCCCCAAACCAAACCCCGAACGCGAAAUACGUCCUUUUCCCUAUGCAUGCAUGCAUGCGUGUGUAACCACGUAUCCCUGCCAAACCCCGGUCUUGGCGACACGGCUUCAUCAGAUAACGGCCCGGCGGCUUCGUCAGCGUCGUCAGCGCGGAGAUAUCUGAUCCUCGGAGUCGGCGCGGGGUGCGGAGAUACAUACAUACGGGCUUUUUUCGCCACCGGACCGACCGGGCGAUUUGUUCGCAUACGAUAAGAAAAAAAACUGUACAUACUGUUCCUAUUCCUACUAUUAUUAUUUUUGUGUCUCUCAUGGCGCGCGCAAGCGUGCGCGCUAGGGGGUUUUCGGUUUUGUCUCUGUCUCUUUGUUUUCGGCGGGGGGUUGGUUGAACGUCGACGUUUUCAUGAGUGGUUCUGCAUGUAUAGACAGUCUUCCUUGGGGUGGCGGGAUGCGAAAGGGAGCUAUUUGCUUGUUUUUGCCUGAGAAAAGAGGAGGAGGAGGAGGAUGAGGGGCGUUUUUUUGAAUUUUUUCAGGGACGAUGGCGAUGGAUCGGACUGGAGUGUGUGUAGUGUAUAAAUAUGAUGAGGGGUCGGAUUCGGAUUCAUAGCGUGUGGGGGGGGAGUGGAAAAGCUGAUUCUUAU